UUUUUAUCUAUUGAUUUAGUAAGUGACAUUGGUACCUGAAUGCUGCAGUAUGACUCGUUUCUAUAAAUAGAACGGUGUACUCAUAGCUAUAGUUCUUAUUAAUCACUAUCACACGCCAUGGGAAGUUUAGUAAACUAGGGAUUGAGACUAUCAGACCAUGUGUAGUUGUAAUUCUGUGUUGGAUUAUGUUGAUAUAUUAAGAUAUUAUUAUAUGUGAUAGCAUUAAGAUAGAGAAGAUCAUUGAGUGAGGAGUAUAUAUUUCACGUUGUCUCGUUGUGUGGAUUCUUGUGAGAUAAAAUGCCAGUUUGGGACAGGUUACCAGAGUUUGAAUCCAAGAUGGAUCAGUAUGAAAGGGAAAGUAUGCGAGGAAAGAAAGGGAAAAAAUCAAAGAAAGAAGAGGAAGAUGAUCUGUCUUUGCCUGGGUUUCUGGAGAAAGUGAAGGGAAUGGAGGGAAAGCUGGCCCUGCUUAAAGCAGAUGUCAGCGAACUCAACAAAAUGCAGAACACUUUGUACUGCGCCCCCAAAGUGUUAGACUCAGACCUCCAGAAGAUGGAGAAUUUGGCUGAGCAGAUUUUGUCCAGCUCCAUCACUAUCAGAAAAGGCAUAGAACUGUUAUCAUCUGCUGGCUUGGACCCUAAGUCCCAGAAAAAAGGUCCGAUUCUGUCGAACGCUGAACAGAGGGUCCAGAGCCUGCAGAUAGAAAGACUUUCACAUGAACUGCGAACAACCAUGAAUGACUUCCGUAGCAGCCAAGCCAGUUAUUUGGAAAGAACUAAGGCCAGGCUAAACAAACAGAGACAAAUCAUGGGGGACCCUCAAUAUGAUGUGAACACAAACUCUGUACACCUCGACAUGAACUUUCAGAACCCAUCUGCCGUUUUCAUUGAUCCAUAUUUUCAGGAAUCCCAGAAAGCCAUCUCAGAGCUUCAAGAUCUCCAGGACCGAGAGAGAGAACUGAUCGACCUUGAGAGCCAAAUUCAUGAGGUCAGCAUGUUGUUCAAGGAGAUGCAUGGCAUGGUACAAGACCAGGGCAAUAUGAUAGACAAUAUCGAGAAACACGUUGAGCAGGCGGUUAGUGAGGUUCAGAAUGGAAAUGAGCAACUCGAGGAGGCCGUGAUCAGACAGUGUGCCGCACGGAAGAAAAAGAUCAUCUGUUUCUCCAUCCUCAUCACUGUUAUUGUCCUUGUUGUCAUCAUCAUUGUCAUAACCAUGACUAACAAUAGUGAUUCAGGAUAAAACAUUGAUUCAGAGAUUCCUGACAUUCAUACAUCAUGGACCAUGUGCAUUGAAGAAAUUCAUAAUAAAAACACAAUCUAUAUGCAGGUAUAA